CCGACCUAAAGUACCUGUCAACACAAUGCACGUUUUGUAUAAAGCCGGACUCCGAGAAUGACAUUUGUUGCCACUAGCAAGACGCAGUGGCUGUUCCAGCGAUGCUAUAAAGAAGCUGUGUUCCUCUCUGUCUUUCGGUCGGUGCUGCUCCUGUCAUGUUUGCUCACCGUCCUGUCCGUGUCCAUGUAUCCUGGGUUGUGGUCCAUUGGGGUCCAGCUUCAUUCAGCCCUCACAGGGAGCUAUGUACCUGGCCACCACUCCGUUCUUCUCAUCAACAGCCCCAACGAACUGGCAGCCAAGGACAUUGGCAGGGCGAUCAUGGAGAGGCGGCUGGCAGCCAGCAUUAACAUUCUGUCCAGGACCUCUACAAUGUACUAUUGGAAAGGUGAAAUCCAGGACGCGAGUGAAGUUCUGAUGCUGGUGAAAACAAAGACCUCCAGGAUCCAGCAAGUCGUAGAUUAUGUGAGGUCUGUCCACCCCUAUGCAAACCCUGAAGUCCUCAGCUUCCUAGUGGAGGAUGGAAGUCUGUCUUACAUGAAGUGGAUGGAUGAAGCCAUUCCAGACGACUGAUACGUCGUUAAAAAAUCAAAGCAAAUCCCAUGGACUCGCACGGACUUAAAGCUGAACAAGGAAAACGGAGCCAUGCAUACAGGCUGUUGUUUUAAAGGAUCGAAGGGUUCAGAAAGCACUCUGACAAUUAUUACUAUUCUGUUGCUCUGACCUUUAAAUUGUAAAUACCAUCGUGUAUUGUGGAGAUUUGAUUUCAGUUCUUUAAAGAGCUUUGUACCACAGUCACAGGAAAUGCUUGAUUCCGAUUGACUGGCAGGUGUGAGUUAACAUUUUAUACCAGGACACCUCAAACAAACACAGUCCCAGUUCACCGGUCAGUGUUCGUCAUUACGCAGAGUAUAUUCAUCUGUAGGUUACCACAACAGUACUUCUGUUCUACUUCUUUUAAAAAUAGAUGAUCAUUUGAACAGCCUUUGGAAAGUUACCAUGGUAUGAGUGAGAUAAUACAGUCCAAGUUGAAAACAAAAAAUGGACUAAUUUACCUCAUUUAUGCAUUUUGUAUAUACAUUGCUUCACCUGUUAUAUAGGUAAGACUAUCUUGUAAAAGCAGUAAUCUUUGAGUUCUCACAGUUCUAGUUUUAUUGUUUUUUAAAUUCUAUUCGAUAUAGUUUAGUUUAGUUUGUGCUCAAUCAUCUUUUGAGCUGAAGGUAGAUUUCUCUGGUUUCCUGUCCGUCAGUGAGUGUUGCUGAUCACGUUUCUCUUUAUGGAUGUAUCUUUUAUAGUAUGGACAACAUAAUGUUCAGCGUGUACUAAUAAAACAUUCACUACCACCUUGUACAAGCUCAACUGAAGCUGCACACUGCUACUGAGCAUAUGACUGACAGCGUAUGGCUAUUGUACAUUUGACCCUGUCUCUCCAUUGUGUUUCUAAUGAAUAAUUAUAAAACGUUUUCAUAGUUUUGUUUGUAUCUUGAGGAACUGAAGCUGAUCAGAUAACACAUCCUUGAUAGUCUGGCCAAAUAAAAUUUAAAUUCAAUUACAAAAAGAAGCUAAUUUUUCUGCACAUUUCCCAGCUGUGGAACUAACAAAGAAUUAUUAUUUGUAUUGUAUUGUAGUUGGGACUCUUGGUACAUGACCAAGAUUUCAAUAAUUUCAAAAAUAUCUCUAAUAUUCUAAAUUACAACAAAUCUGUUAUACCAUGCCAUAUUUGUAGUUAUAUAGGUCCGCCAUGCAUGCUUAGCUCAUUAAACAGAAAUAGGCACUAAACCUCAGUCUGCAGAAAAGUGUUUCCGGCAUGAGGCCCCAACAAAGGAACUGCAGACAUGGUUGUGUCUGUUGAGCCAAAAUAAUCCUCCCCAUCAAGUCCGGAGAUCAGGCCAUGUUGGUGAUGUCUGUGUGUUUGUGUGUGUGUGUGUGUGUGUGUGUGUGUGUGUGUGUGUGUGUGUGUGUGUGUGUGUGUGUGCAUGGGUGGGUGUUUGUUUCUGUACUUCAAUGCAUAUGCACCCCUUCACCUCAACGUGUGUACGGUCCAUGUUACAAGCCAUAAACACCUGCAAGUACUUGAAUGCCUUUGUGAGUAGUUACUAUGACAAAUGACACUGAAAUAAA